CAGAUUUGCACUAACCUGUUAAGUAAAGCACCUUCAAUGUUCUUCACUAACGCGCCUCUUCCUUUCAUCUACAUGCUCUCAACUUUACUUGAAGCAACACUGAUUUUCCCUCUUCAAUCCUGUUGCCAACCGCGCAUCCAUCACAGCAGGUCCACUAACUUCAUUCUUUUCGUGUAUUUCUUGACACUCUUAUGAUACCCUAGAUUUUCUUAUUCUUCUCCUCGCCUUUCUUAGAUGCGCCCGGCAGCUCGACAUUCAGCUCCGUGCCACUUCAGCCUGUACCCGUACCCACCCACCACCGCCAGUUGAUACGAGUCCUGGCUACAAAACACCAUCCAACGAUUCAUCAAAUAUAACCAUACGGCAAUCGCAGCACAUAUACGUGGCGAAACUACUGUGCUAGCACUUGCGGCACGAUCGCACGCGAUCAAGAUCCUCCGACCGCUCCUACGACGAGAAGCAGCACGAUUAGAUCAAAUUAACUAGCAGUGCUGCUGAUUCCGAAUAACCAGUUACCCGAUCCAGUAUCACCCGAAAAAAAUCCUGAUUAUCGCAUUGAUUGAACAACCGUCACGAUGUUUUUUCUUUAUAACCUUGAGCGACGCGUUACGCUCCACCCUUCUUACUUCGGUAAGAAUAUGCAUGAGCUGGUGACUGGCAAGCUCUUGAAGGAUGUCGAAGGCACAUGCACUGGAAGUUAUUAUAUCAUCUCUAUAAUGGAUACUUUCGAUAUCUCUGAAGGACGAAUCCUUCCAGGAAGUGGCCUGGCCGAGUUCACUGUCGGCUACCGUGCCGUCAUCUGGCGCCCGUUCAAGGGAGAGACGAUUGAUGCCAUCGUCGUCUCUGUCAACCAGCAUGGCUUCUUCGCCGAGGCGGGUCCCCUCCGUAUAUUUGUCUCGACCCACUUGAUCCCCCAAGAAGUCAAGUGGGAUCCGAAUGCUACGCCGCCUCAAUUCACCAACAACGAUGAUACUACUAUCGAGGUCAAUACCCAGGUCCGUGUCAAGAUAGUGGGAACUCGUGCCGAAGUCGGCGAGAUCUGGGCUAUUGGUAGCAUAAAGGAAGACUACCUAGGCACCCUGCAGAACUAGACGAGCCCGGUCGUAUAUAGACCCAAAGGUUCUUUGUUUUGCUUGGUGUCGUCCUUGCAUUUGAGGCAGGACAAUGUUCACGUCCAUGGAUAGCAUACAGUCCAUAGGAUACAGACGGGAACUCCUAAAGACAGUUGGCCUUGAUAAUUGUAGUGCUCCAUAUGCACUUCUAUAUGAGAGCAAGGUAAAGUCUCGGACGUUUGUGACUUGUGAACUUGUACCUGCCAGGAUAUUAGUCGUCUUCAUGGCUACUAAUAAUCUGCAACAACCAUGACGAGAGAUUCGUCAUUAUAUCCCAGGGAGUACAUACAUGUGUAUGUGCAUUUGAAAAGAUUCACAUGAAUAAUGGAAUCAAAAACAGACACUGAUUUCUAUAGCAUUUCGGGAAUGUCAUGUCUCUUACCUGGUCAGGGGCCAUAGUUUCCACAUCAAAAUACAUGAAGGCUAUUGGCUCUCUCUCUCAGUUGACUUUAUUCUUCCUAUCCCAUAGCAGCUUAUGUGACCCCAGGUGCUAACACCAGUAAGAAA